AUGUUCUCCGGUUUUGAUUGGCGCCUGGCGAUUGCCUGGCGCAUGCCGCACGCGCAGGAUCAAGAGUGGGUGCAGGACUGGUUCAGGGAAGGCUCGCAGCGGCCCAUGCUGGGCUCAGGCUUCGCCUGGGUGGUCUUCGCCUCCCACCGGCACCGCGACGAGGCGCUCCACAAGAUGCAGGCCCUCGAAACCGACGGCCGAGGCAUCAAGUACUGGGACCCCAGCACGGGGCAGCACUAUCCCCUGAACUUCGGCAUCCCGCGCUGUGAACCCACCAACGUGCGCUGGGACCACCUGGGCCUCGGGAUCUGCUGCCGGCGCUGGCGCUUCCUGGCGGCCCUGCUGGUCUGGCUGCUGACGGCUGGGCUGCUGGCCACCGGGAUCUACGUGCCCUACGCGGAGUACGUCACCGGCUUCCUCAACGAGGCUGGGAAGUUCCCGCAGGGCUUCAUGAUGGGCCUCUUGGGCUUUCUCAUUGGCCUCACCUGGUGGGCCAUGUGCAUGAUGAUAGGCGUCUGCUUGAAUGUGGCCGGAUUUCAGACCAUUGAGGAUGAGAACCUCUUCGUCUUCAUCUUCUUCACCAUCUUUUGUGUGGCUGCCUCGGCCUUCAACGUGUACCUCACCUGGUACUACACGCAGGAGACCUGUGGCAGCACCACACCAGCAGCUGGUUUGAGAGCGUGA